AAAAAAAAAAAAAAAAAAAAAAAAAAAAUGAAAAAUCAACAACAAUAAUAAUAAUAAUAAUAAUAAUAAUAUUUAUUAACCGCGUUACCCGAUCGGCCACAUUUCCGUACGUAACGCAACGUUGUCGACGGUCGGGCGUGUGUGCUCGGUCUUGUCUGCUAUUGUUCGGCACACCGGACGAACCGCGAGCCGAUAUUGUCGUUCGCCCGUGUCCGUCCGCCGCAGCCGUCGCCGUGCCAGACCAACCCUCGCCCGUACGCGCGAUACAGCACGACGCAGGGACCGGCCCGGACAUCGCCGCCGACCACCCGAUACGCGACCCGAGUGAGUACCUACGCCGCUUCCGUUUGUUUCUAAAAACGCCGAGUGCCCGUAACCGUAACGAUACGCGCACCGGGUCUCCCGGUUUUCGCGUACGCACCCCCGCGGCUAUUGUCGUCCUCGGUUGCAUACGAGUACUCGCCUUUGCCCGGACGCCCGCGGUAAUUUCGACGUACCGCCGUCGGCGUUACCGAAUAACCUAGGUACGUUUUCUUUUACGCAUUUCAGACGGAAACUUCUUAUGCGUUUUUUUUUUUUUUAUAUGUUUUUUUUUUUUUUACUACGUUAUUAAUACGAUUGGUUUAUUCAUUGAGAUCUGUACGUGCCCGUGUUAGUGUUUGUUGAUCGAAUUCUGCGUACAAACCCGUCGCAUAUUAUAUAACGAAUAGUGUGUCCCUUCCGGUAGUUUACGGUCCCUGGUGAAUUUGUGUUCGACCGAAAUAUCUAGUGGACAGUUGUACAACGUUGCACAAUAAUUCACAGUGUCUAUUUAUCACUUGGAAUUUUUUUUUUUUUUUUUUUUUUUAUCAUUAGUUCAAUCAUUACUCAGGUACCUAAUUAUGUUUUUGUGUUUAUAUUGUGUACUUAGAUAUGAACUGAUGUGCCCAAUUAGCGUAUUGAGAACCGUGUUCUCAUAGUAAAAUACAAAUGAUAAGUUAUCAAUUUUUUUAAACAAUCCUUAGGCAUUAAUGAAUGAAAUUCUGUGAAUAACAUGUUCACCUAUGUACUGGUUAAAAAAUUAUCGGUUUACCAUUGAUACUUUUAGUGCAUUUACUUUCAAAAAACCAAUUUUUGUACGUCUCAUUUAUAAUACAAGCCAUUUGUUUUUGGUACUUUAUUUCUUAAUUUCAUUUAUUUUCUAUUCAUAAAAUCCAUUAACAACCAUACAUACACAUGGUUUAAAAUUACCUGCAUUCAAAAUGUGAUCUCUGUAGGAUAAAAUUUAAAUGGAUAGAAUUAUUAUAUUAAUUUUAAGUAGUAGGUAUCUCAAUAUGUAAACAUUAAUUGUGAUACUAAUUAUACAUUUAACGGAUUUCUUAAACUAGAAUUUUAUCGGUUUUGAUUUUAAAAAUCAGUUUCCUUUAAGUAUUUUUGUGUUUAAUUUUGUUCCUCCUAUAAUUUUUACUUUUUUCACAUUCUGUUCAUGUAAACCUACGUAUUAAAAUAAAAUUUGUUAAUAAUACCCGUCUACAAACAAUACAUAUAACAGUACUAGGCAUAUCGCGUAUGCAAUAUAAUAAUAUUAUAUACCUAGGUGUAUAAGUUACUCUUCACUUAGUUCAUUGUAAAUAUUACUGGUGUUGCCCUUGUAAUGUUAUUGAUUAUUUAUUUAAAUAACUUAUUCAUUAUACCUACUUGUGUAUAAAAAUGAAAUAAUUAAACUAUACCUAUUCAGAUUUCUGGGAGUAUUCCUUGUAUACAUUCUUAGUUUUAUUUUCUAUGCACUUAUUCUUAAUUUUUUUUUUUUUUUUUUUACUCCAUUUAUUUCUUUUAACAAUGGGUGGAGUCAACACAUGGCCAGUAUCUGAUAUGGCAACUCGUUUUUUUUUUUAUUCAUAAACAGUGUAAUUUAGUAAUCUUAUAAGCUAUAUUAUUGUUGUAUUCAUUUACAUCACUACUGGAUACAUUUAACUGGAUGAUUAUUUCAUUCCAAUGUUCAGAAAUAUGGAAAUUCAAACUAAGGACUUAUGGGUAAACCUCGAGGUAAACUUGUAAUGUAUUUACGGUUUAGUUUUGAGUUUUUUAAAUAACAGUAGAUUAAAUCAAAUAUUAAUAGAAUACAAUUUGUGAGAUAGUCAUAGCCAUUGACUCAACCCAACAUAUUAGCAAUUAGGUACCUAUAACUUCAGCUUUAUUUUCAUAUUACAUUAAUUCCAUUUUAAAUAGUAUUGUAAUUCACAUUUUCAUUUUUUAUUUAUUGUUAACCUUAUCUUAAUAUAGAAUAAAUUGCAUAAACACAUAUAUCAACAAAUUACAAAACAUUUAGCAUAUUCACAGUUCAGUAAAUUAUAUUGAGUGUUGCUCGAAUUCUCAAAUAGUAUGAAUGUUCCUGUUAAUUAUAAAUCUAAUUUUAGUUCGGUAAUUAUAAAAUAGGUACUGAACGGAUUAAUAAAAGUUAUUCUGUUAUCUAAAAAAUUGAAGUAAGACAAAACAACACAUUUUAAAUUAAAAAAUAUACAUGAUAUUGUUUUUCUAUUAUCACUGUUUUCGCAUUAUAAAAAUCUAUAAUGGUACCUGUAACUGAAUAAGUUACAGGGUUUAUGCGACCCUGGUUUAUUUCCAUUGUUUCAUAAAGUUGUUAAAUAAAAAGUACCUGGUACCAUUAUUUUAGAUUCUCAGUGUAGGAAGUAAUUUAUUGGUUUUACCAUGAUGUAUUUUUUUUUUCCUGUGUGUAAACAACUUUUCUACUGAACAUUUUGCUCUGAUUAACAAGUGUGCCAUUUGUUAUUUUUCUUGUAGGUAGUAUUUUAAUAAUUGGAAAGAGUAGGAAAAAGGAAAAUUACACUGGGUUUAUUGGCAGCAAAGGGGAAAAAUAUACCUCUCUGCUUAGAAUCAUUUUUCCCUUUGUAAUUGAUUUAUCAUUGCAUACAGUACUUAUCUAUAAAAACCAAAUUACUCUUUAUAUCCUACCUUCCCAACUACAACAGUGGUCUACCCAUAAGCAUUAUCACCAUGUGUUUUUAAUUAAAAACUCCCAUUGUUACUUUUAUUAUUUUUGUUUUCCAGAAGUGAAUAAAUAUAAUUAUACAUAUUUUGAUAAUAGAAAUAUCUAUAAACCAGUGUAUACUUGAAGUCCUUUUCACCUCGAAAAUUCUUCCAUGAUGGAAUGGAAGAACAAUAUUCCUGAAGGGUUAGAAAAACAUACAAAAUAUUUAAUUUUUUUCAUUAUUAUAUAUAAUAAUACAAUUUAUUCUUAUGAGUAGGAAAAGUAUUAAAACCUCAGGCCCUCAGAAUAGAAGACCUUCAGGUAGUGUAAACAAAAAAGCAAACGAUCCUGUGGAAUAUUUUGGGUGAGUACCUACUACUACUACAUAUUUCUAGCUUUACACUACAUAUAUUUAUCGUUGGCACUGAAUUGCUUAAUAAAUUUGGGUAUUAUCUUUAUAAUACUAGACCCCUGUACUAGACAUAAUUCACUUUUAGAAAUAAACAUCCACAAUUAAUAAAACUUAAUAAUAUUAAAGUAUAAAAAAAAUUCUAUGUGAAAACAAAGUGUAUCCUAUUUUAGUCUUAAAUUUAGUGAAAAAAUAGUUUUUUUGCAAUAUUGUCAGUUAAAAAGACUAGAUACGUCUGGUGCGCCAAACCAUACUGAGAUGUUUUCUUAAAAUAAUUAACAUAGAACUUCAAUAUAGUAUUUUCAGUUAUCUCAUAAGAAUAAACCAAUGUAUGUUAUGUAUUACUUAUACAAUUUGAUCAAAAAAGUUAAGGUCACUUUCCAUUAAAAAUUUAUUAAUUCUUUUCAAUAUUAUCAAAUAAUUUUAUUACAUUUUUGAUUGGGCUUAUGAUUCUUAUUUGGAUCAUUUAUUAUAUGUAGACUACAUAUUUUAAAGUUGGUAAAAUGACAGAAAAAAAUUACCUAUUUUUCUUGUUGGCUAUGUAACAAUUUCACGAUAACGUUGAAAUUAUUCAAGGUUGAAAGUAUAUUAAUUCGGAUAAAAAAAAAAAAAAAAAAAAAAAAACAAUUUUCUGUAACUGAAAUAAAUGAACAAUUUUUAAAUAUUAAAUAGUUUUUUAGUUAGUUUUCAUAACUGUAUACCAUUCUAUUAUUUUAUUUAGUAUAAUUUCAUAAUUCAUUAAACAGUAUGUACAAAUAUAAUAAUAUAAUCAUUUUGAGUCUAUAUCCAACUAAUAGAAAAUAUUACUUCUUAGUUCCACUAAAAUAUUAAGUACUAGAUCUUUGUCAUUUAUAAUUUAAAGUAUUUAAUUAUUUUAUAAUUGUUUUCCCUGUUUUUGUUUAUGUUAACAAGAAAUUAUAUUGUGAUACUAUUGAGAAAAUUAUAUAUUAUUUAAAUACUGCACGUGUAAAACAAAAUAUUAUACUCAAUCCAGUAUAAGAAGUGGAAGAAAGAAAUCAUUGCAUAGUUGUGUAGUAUAAUAAAUUAUUAUACAAUUGUUAUUUAAACAUUCGCCCUUAUUUUUUUAUUUGUUCUAUACCUAGGUAUUUACUAUAUUAUGUGUAUAAUAAAAAAAAAAAUUAUUUUUAGCGUUGCACAGAAACCUAAAACCAAGCGUAAGCCAAAGAAGGAGAGUAAAAUGAUCAAUAUUGAAGAAUUUGUGUGCACUUAUGGUGCUAGUAAUAAUACUGUUAUUUCAGAGCCAAUUAAAGCAGCCACAACCUUCCGUUAGUAUUCAAUAGAUAUCAGGUUUAAAUUAUAUUUUUACAUAAUUUAUUUUAAUUAUAUAAAUUACAUUGAUUAAAAAUUGUAUAGCUGUUACAACCAAUGCUUGGGCACGUAAAAAAGGAUCAGAAUUAUUUGCUAAAGCUAAGGAUGAUAACGAGGAAGAGAAAAUGUUAAAAAUGGCAAUUGCUGAAAGUAUUAAAACUGCUGAAGAACAUUCACGAAUCAAAGAUUCCACAUGGUAAAAUAAAACAUUAUUAAAUACAAUUUUUAGAUUCCGAGCGAAGUAAAGCAUAUAUUGGUUUUACAAUGAUCUUUAUUUAUUUAUUAAUUUUUUUUAAUUCUGUGCAAAUUCUGUAUUUCCGAUUUUCAAGUUUAAUACCUUUUCUGAAAAUAAAUUUUCCUGGAGUGGUAGUUUAGAAGUGUAAUUUGUUUUGAUUUCCGCUCAGAAUUGUUUUGUUAGCUAUGAAUAAUCGUUGCAUACAAAAACACAUUAAAUUCCCCUCUAUAUCCUACCUUCCCAAAUUUUCAUCUACAACAGUGGCCCACCCAUUAUACAAAGUAUGUCUGUCUUUUUUUAUUAUAUUACUAAAAUAUGUAUUUUUUGUUUAGGAAAAAUGACCAAGAAAAUACUGUCAAUAGUGAUGAUUUGAUGUUCCAGAAAAAACAUAAUUCCCAAAACAAAAAAAGUUCCAGAGGAUCUAAAGAGUCUAGGUCCAUAAAUUGUUGGAAUAAUAGUUCAUUUGUUAAAGAAUCAGAUGAUUAUGGUUUUUUACCUGAACACAAUAAGACUAAUAAGAGUCCCAAAGUGGGUACACUGUGGGAAGAUGAUUCCAAAAAUAACAGGUCUAAAGAACGUAAAGACAUCAAAAGUAAGUCUAAACACAUCCAAAAAGACAAACCUAAGGAAAACAAACCAUCACCAACAGACAGUCCUCUUAAACCAGAGAAAAAACUCAGGCAGAGGGGUGACUGGAAGGAAACUUUCAUCAAAGACAACUAUCAACCAGAAAGAAAUGUGAGAUCUAAUGAUAAGGAUGAUCAAAGACCUCUACCUCAAGCUCACGAUUGGAGUGUUCUCACUUCUGGUUGGAAUAAACCAGAAGAAAAGAAAGAAGAUACUAAAAAACCGUCCAAUAUGUGGAAUGGUGACGUUGGUGUUAAUGUGACCAAAAACAAAUGGGAAUCUCCCAAUUGGUCAGAGCCUGCCAAAACCGAAUCCGUAGACAUUUGGAGCAGUGAUCGCCCCAAAAGUAAUUCAGUUGUUUGGAAUGAUCCAGUUGAAACCAAAAAAGAUAGUAUUGAUGAGAAAAUCAUUAAGUCUGAACGGACAGAAAUUAAGCCUAACGUGUUUGGCUUUACUGAUUCCUGGGGACCUCCGAUGCCUCCUCAAAUUAAUAAAGAACCUCCUAAACCUAUCGAGAGUCCCAAGUUUGUAAAGAAAAAACCACUGCCAGCUCCAGAUUUUAAUAGGUACCUAUUGGAAGCCCUUAGUCAAAGCUCUCCAUACAGUGUACCCCCUCCACACACAGAACCCCAAAUUUCUCAGACUAACACAGAUAGUCUGUAUUCUAACUUGGAAUCUGUCCUUCCAAAAACCUCUAGUUCUGUAUUAGAGACUAAUAACUCACCAGAGUUCCUUUCCAACUUACACUUUUUGGCCAAUAUGACCCAAAUAUGUGAUAGGUUGGGUCUUAAUAAUAAGCAAUUACUUUCGGACUUGCCUGUUGGUGCAACUAGUAGUAAUGUUGAACCCGAUUUACUUCAACAACCGCCAACAAUAAAUCAAAUACAACAUAAUUUGAACUGGAACCAAAAGACCAACCAAAAGGUCUAUCAACCAUAUCAGCCUGUGCUACAUCAGCAAUCAGACUUUAUGUUGCCUAACCAAUUGCUGCAUUCACAACAACAACAUCAACAUCAACAUCAACAUCAGCAGCAUCAACAACACCACCAUCACCACCAGCAACACCAGCCGCAGCAACACCAGCAGCAGCAACACCAGCAGCAGCAACACCAGCAGCAGCAACAUCAGCAGCAGCAACACCAGCAGCAGCAACAUCAGCAGCAGCAGCAACAACAACAGCAGACAUCGUUUAUGCCUGCUAAUUCAAACAAUUUCAAUCUAAGUGGUAACAAUGCGUUCCCAGCGUUAAACUUAGAUCUUAACCCUCAGUUCAAUAAUCUCAUCUAUCCAAACCAGUUGGUUCCACCACCUAAUGGUCUGUUCCCUUAUCAACAUCAGACUAACAUUGAAAGGCUAGCCAAUCUAUCUCUAGGACAGGAUAAGAUGAAUUUCCCCAUGUAUAAUUUGGUCCAGGACAAACAGACACGACUGAACGACUCAUUUAAUUCUGUUCGAGAACCAAUGAAACAGUCCAAACCAGUGCAGCCCAAUGUGUUCAUGCCCAACACACUGCCUAAUUCGUACAAUUUCAACAUGGAUCCAACCCCUCCAUUGUUUCCUGCCAAUUUGUUCUAUGCACAGAUGCCUCAAGAUAUGAAUUAUGUACCACCUAAUCAGCAACAGUUCCACAACUUUAAAGAGCAAAACAUGCAGCACAUGUUUGGCAACCAGAAGCUGGAGCAUCAGGUUCUCCGGGACAAAAUGUUGAAUGUGGGCAAUCCAUAUUUAAAGGAUUAAAAAAUAUGUAGUCUUAUCACAAAACGUAAUAUUAAUACGUCAUCUAGUCAAUGGAAAUACUUAGGUUUUGAUACCUCGGUAGCAUUGAACCCCAAGUAUUGUGUAAGGUACAGUGUUUUAUUUUCGCUUCAAUUUUUCCCACCAAUUUCUCCUAGAGUGUGAUUUUUUUUUUUUUUUUUUUUGGCAAUAAAUACUUUCAGCCCAUCUUGUAUCGAUAAUCGUAUCGAAUAUUAAUUGGGUAAAAUAAGAAUAGUGCAAUUUUUUUUUCUUUUUAUUGUAAAUUUAUUAUUGAGUAACCAGUGUACAUUAUAACGAAUUAUUCGGUAAUUAGAAUCAUUGUACGAGUAUAUUCUCAUUAUUAAUAAUAAUACAUAUUAAAUGAUAUACCAGUGUUUCUUUUAUAAUUAAAGAUUGUGAUAGCGAGCUUAACAAGCAACGGUAAUAACAUUAUUGAGUAUAAUACUCCCUUGACUAAAAGAUACAAACUGAUUAGCUUUCAUGUUUAUAAAGAUUGUUUUUAGAGGUAUAUUUCUACUAACAUGAU